GAGGGAGGUGACGUCAUCGGCACGGCUCCCCGGUUAGGCGCGCGAAAGUAGCCCGAGUCUCGCUCACCGCAGGGGAAUCAAAGCGACGAAACUCUGCAAUCUUCAAACAUCUAGCACGCCAUGGCAGAUCCGAAGGACACGCAAGAUGACCACGAAACGUCCACGGACAAUGUGGACGACUCGAACCAUGACCCCCACUUUGAGCCCAUCGUGUCGCUGCCUGAGCGCGAGGUUAAAACCCUGGAGGAGGACGAGGAGGAGCUGUUCAAAAUGCGGGCAAAGCUGUACCGGUUUGCGAGCGAGAACGACCCGCCGGAGUGGAAGGAGCGUGGCACGGGCGACGUCAAGCUGCUCCGCCACAAAGAGAAGGGCUCCAUUCGCCUGCUCAUGCGCAGGGACCGCACGCUCAAGAUCUGCGCCAAUCACCACAUCAUGCCCUUGAUGGAGCUGAAGCCGAAUGCAGGCAGUGACAGGGCCUGGGUGUGGAACACGCAUGCUGACUUUGCUGAUGAAGAGCCCAAACCAGAGCUGCUGGCCAUCCGCUUCCUCAACGCUGAGAAUGCACAGAAGUUUAAGUUGAAGUUUGAUGAAUGCAAAGAGGAAGUGCGGAAAACUCUGGAAGGUAACGCUGACCAAGUGGCUGAGAAGCUGGAGGAUCUCUCUGUAAAAGACAAGCCCGAAAGCUCAGAGGAGACGCAGAAACCGAAGGAGGAGAAGGAGAAAGCAGAGGAGAAAUGAAGGCGGGAAUACCUGCACCUCUCUCUGACCUGCAACACUUCUCCCUUUUCUACAAUAGACUCUAAAAAUUUACAUUUGGACACUUUUUUUUUUUAACUUUUGUUAUAUAUAAUUUCUUUUGCAUUCGUUUGCCUCCUGACAUCUCACAUCACAAAUCCCUGGUGCCACUCUUGAAGUGUUCAUUUUGCUAUUAAGAUCCUUGCCCCACCCACACAGGCAGGCAGGUGCCCCUCUCAGUUGCCCCCUCGCCCUGCUCCUCAGCGGGUCCCUGUGCGUGUGUGGGGACCUGCUCAGAACCGCUCUCAGACGAUGCCUGUGUUCUUGGUCUAGUCCCACAUUGGGUAACCUUUUUUUUUUUCUCCCCCUCUUCUUGUUUUUUGUUUUUCUUUUGUACUCUAAGGUAGUGGGGGGUGAGUGGUAGGCGUACACACGUGGCUCAGAUCUAACGGAGAGAAGGUACAGCGGAGGCUGGGGGGAAGGGCGCGUUUUGUGUUUGGGGAUUAAAGAGUGAUGGAAGGCUGAGGUGCAUUAGAUCUGCCACUGAAGGAACUCGUUAAAUAAAUCCUGCCAAACCGAAACUGGGCUGCUUGUUUGACUGAGAACCAGGAUAAUAAAGUCAGCAUGUCUGCUGGAGUGUGAUGUGCUCCAUUGCUCACGGGCUAACACUCAGCUUCCAGCUGUAGAAGAAACUCAGACGGACUUUGUGUUGGCGUUCAGCUAAUGUGCAGUAGCUUGUCUUAAAGGCCUCCCUGCAGGCUUUAGCCUCAGUUUUUCAUUUCAGAGUAUUGGAUCUGUUGGGGGUAAAGUGACUUCCGGUCUUUGCACUAGGCAGAGCUCCCGCCACCCUGUUGCGAGAGGGCAUCUGGGGUGUGAGAGCAGUGACCGAGGCUGCAGGGUGCUGAUGGAGGGAAGCUGGCUCGGGUGCGGUCUCUUACUGGGAUCUCUUGGUGGGCCCCAGCCGUCGCCAGCUCCAUAUAUGAACAUUUUCAAAACUUUAUUUUUAUUUUUAUUUUUUUAUUACUAACUCACCUCGUAGACUUUUAUCUUGCAUUCCCCUGCUUCUGUGAGCUCGUGAUGGACGGAAGCGGACCUACUGACUCGCGCUGGCGCCUCCGCGACUAACGGGAGGAAAUCUCACCUUUUAUAGUGGUAACAUGUUAUGCACAUUGUUUAAGGGUUGUGAAGAGAACCAAAUUAAAAGACAAUGCUUUACCCUUCA